GGCUAAUGUUGCGUGUGAGAUGAAUUUUACUCCGGAAAUAAGCUACAGUUCUGUUAAGCAAUGUUUGAAUUGCAAUAAUUUAAAAGAAAUUACAGAAAUUGAAAUUAUAGACAAUGAAAUUACUUAUGAGGAAUUUUUUUUGAAAUUUAUGUGUGCUAAUAGACCUUGUAAAUUUUCAUCGAAAUUUACAGAUAAUUGGAAAAGUAGAAAAUUAUGGAUUAAUAAUGAUGAUAAACCAAACUUCGAUUACUUACAAAGGGAAUUCGGUGAUUCUCUAGCACCAGUAGCAGAUUGCAAUAUUAAAUUAUAUAACAGUCAUUGUAAAGAAGAUAUGUCUGUUAAGAAUUAUAUUUCUUACUGGAAGAGAAGAUAUUAUAGCAAAGGAGAUUCACCUUGUUUAUAUCUUAAAGAUUGGCAUUUUGUCAGGACUCCUUUCCAUGCUGAUGUAUUUGGUUCUUAUAGUUGGUCAGCAAAUAUUUGUGGUAGAAAAAAGUGGUUACUUGUUCCUCCAGAGAAAGAAAAAAUUUUCUCUGAUUCUACUGGUAAAUUAUUGUUUGACAUUAAAUUAGAUUCUUUAAAUAAAUUAGAUGUUUUAGAGGUAAUCCAAGAACCAGGUGAAAUUAUAUUUGUCCCAAGUGGUUGGCAUCAUCAAGUUUGGAAUUUGGCUGAUACAAUUUCAAUCAAUCAUAAUUGGUUUAAUGGUUGUAAUAUAAAUUAUAUUUGUAAACAAUUACAUUUUGCUCUCAAAGAAGUUCAGAAAGAAAUAGCAGAUUGUAAGGAUAUGGAUUACUGGGAUUUGCAAUGUCAGAUUAUUCUGAAGACUCAUCAUGGAAUGGAUUUGAAAGAAUUUUGUCAGUUAUUGCAAUAUAUUGGAAAUCGAUCUAUAACAAAUCUAUCAAGAAACAAAUCAAACUCUGAUGUUAUUUGGCAUAAUGUUUUUGAUCUUCUAAAAGUACAAGAAGCAUUGCAAUAUAUAUUGAAUGAAAAUUUACUUAAUUUUGAUUUAAAAUAUGAAGAAGAUAUUAUAUUAUUAAACAAAUUAUAUGAACAUGCUUUAGUGCCUUAUAAUUUACUUGAAACAGUUUAAAUUAAUUUUAAAAUUUUAAAUGAUGUAUAUACAGUUGAGUUGAUAUAUAUAUAUAUAUUAAUAAG